AUGCUAUCCUCCUAUGCGUCGCCCGCCAUGUUUAUGGCCUACGUACCCCCGCCGACUUAUAUCAAUAAACUAACAACCUCAAAGGGCAAAGUCGCGGAACUGCGACUGGAGCUGAACAGCGGCGGCAAGAAGGACAAGAAUUAUGCGAGCAAGAAGAUUGCUCUGAAGAAGAUUGUCGCCAACAUGACCAUGAGCAACAACGACAUGGUCGCGCUGUUCCCCGACAUCAUCGGCUGCAUGCAUAUUCAGAGUCUGGAGAUCAAGAAGAUGUGCUUCUUGUUCCUGGUCAACUACGCAAGGAUGCGACCAGAGAUUGCCAUUCAGGCUAUUCCCGUGCUGGAGCAGGAUAUGGAGGAUCACAACCCGCUGGUCAGAGCGCUGGCCCUGAGAACAAUGUCCUACAUACACGUCCGAGAAUUUGUCGAGGCGACUGUGCCUCUGGUCAAGCACAUGUUGAAGGAUGCGGAUCCAUACGUAAGAAAGACGGCCGCAUUCUGUGUCGCAAAGCUUUACGACCACGAUCGGCGCAUGAUCGAGGGCUCAGAUCUGAUCGACAGGCUUAAUACGCUUCUAAGAGACGAUAACCCCACUGUGGUGGCUAGUGCGCUAGCAUCAUUGAUGGACAUUUGGGAGCGGAGCGACGCCAUCAAGCUCACAAUUGACUACAGCAAUGCCUCCAAGAUGGUAGCCAUCCUCCCUGACUGCUCUGAAUGGGGCCAAACAUACAUUCUCGAAGCACUCAUGUCAUACGUGCCCCAGGAGUCAGGGGAAGCCUUGCUUCUCGCAGAGCGCAUAUCGCCGCGCCUGUCGCAUUCAAACUCGGCCGUCGUUCUCACCUGUAUCCGUGUCGUUCUGUACCUCAUGAACUACAUCUCGGACCAGAGACAGAUUGCCAUCUUGUGCAAGAAGCUAUCGCCUCCGCUAGUGACGCUUCUGGCCAAGGGUCCAGAAGUGCAGUAUCUCGCCCUGCGCAACGCUCUUUUGAUUUUGCAGCGUCGACCUGAAGUCUUGCGCAACGACAUCCGCGUCUUCUUUUGCAAGUACAACGAUCCCAUUUACGUCAAGGUUACGAAGCUGGAGCUCAUCUUCAUGCUUGCCAACGAAAACAACAUCGACGAGGUUCUCACCGAACUUAGAGAGUACGCGACCGAAAUCGACGUUCACUUUGUGCGCAAGGCUGUGCGAGCGAUCGGCAAGCUUGCCAUCAAGAUCGAACCGGCAUCGCGGCAGUGUAUCAACCUGCUCCUCGAACUGGUAGCGACCAAAAUCACGUAUAUUGUACAAGAGGCCACGGUCGUUAUUAGGAAUAUCUUCCGCAAGUAUCCCAACCAGUACGAGUCAAUCAUCGGCACCCUUUGCGAACAUCUGGAUUCUCUUGACGAGCCGGAAGCAAAGGCUGCCAUGGUCUGGGUUAUUGGACAGUACGCAGACAGAAUAGAGAACAGCGAAGCACUCCUGGAGGACUUCCUGUACUCGUUUGCGGAAGAGCCGGUAGAAGUGCAGCUGGCAUUGCUCACGGCAACCGUCAAGCUCUUUAUCCAGAGACCGACCAAGGGUCAAGAGCUGGUGCCUCGCGUCUUGAAGUGGGCGACCGAAGAGACGGACAACCCGGAUCUUAGAGACAGAGCUUACAUGUACUGGCGACUGCUGUCGACCGACAUGGCCGCAGCCAAGCAGAUCGUCAUGGGAGAGAAGCCGCCCAUUACAGCCGAAUCCGAGCGACUCGACCCGGCCACCUUGGAGGAAAUGUGCCUGAACGUGGGAACGCUCGCGACGGUCUACCUGAAGCCGGUGCAGACGGUGUUCCGCUCGGCGCGGCCAAAGAAGCUGACAGACUCGCCGGCGCUGCAGAAGCACCUGCUCCCGACGUCGAUUGAGAACCAAAAGAGCCUGAGCAUGCUGGGCAUGGGCGGACAAGCGCAGGACUACAACAUGCAUAGCCAGCACGUCGCCAACGACGCGGCCAACGGGGGCAACCUGGCCCAGGCGGUCAACGAUGCCGACGCGUACUUUAACAGCAUCGGACCGCAGCAGAUGGCGGCGAUGAGGAUCGACCAGGGAGACGUGUUUGGUGAAACCGGGGGAUACGAGACUGGCUAUGUGGUCAACCAGCACGCACCGCAGCAGGUGGUGCAGCCGGCGCAAGGGAGCAACGGUGACUUGUUGGUACUCUGA